AUGGCGGCUUUACCAACAAUGCGGCCACUGGGCUGCUUGAGAUCCUUGCUGAAGACCCAGGAGACUAUCCAGUCUCAACUGGGUCGCCGGUUCCUCUCAACCGCCUACUCCCAGCGCCCCCAGCGCGUCCCUCUCCCUCAGAAUGUCCCCGAACAAUUCCUAUCACAACUACCAGUUCGCAUGCGCCCUGAGAACGCCCCCAAGCCUAUCAAGGUCUACACUCCUCCCCCCUCCGCCCGCAAAGCAUGCAAAGACCCCGUCGGAAGGGUCACCGAGUCGCAAUUGGAAACCCUCGACCCCAAGGGUGAGCGCAAGGCCCUGUUCGACUACCGCCGGAACCCCCGCAGUAUCAAGCCCGGUGAUAUUGUCCGCGUGACAUUCAAGAACGGUGACCCAUUCAACGGCGUCGUGUUGAGCAUCAAGCUCCGCGGAAUCGACACUUCCUUCCUGCUCCGUAACGAGCUCACCCGUGUUGCCGUCGAGAUGUCGGUGAAGGUCUUCAACCCGAAUGUUCAGAGUGUGGAGAUUGUCCAGCGUGCGCAGCGCAAGAUUCGUCGCGCGAGAUUGUACUACAUGCGGUCUCGCAAGCACGACCGCCGCAGUGUCGAGAAUGUUGUCAAUGCCUAUAUUCGCCAGAAGAGGGCCUUCAUGGGCAAGCGGUGA